AUGCCUGCCUCGCCUGAGAUCAAGCCGCUGCCGGUCGAGGACUCUAUCGAGGAGGUUCUGCAGCCCAACAAGUCGGGCGUGCGCAAGAACAUUGGCAUCUUGACGUCGGGCGGCGACGCGCAGGGCAUGAACCCAUCCAUUUUUAUCUAUGAGGGGUACCAGGGCCUUGUGGACGGCGGCGACAGGAUCCGUGAGGCGCAGUGGUCGGACGUCAGCGGGUUCUUGAAGUUGGGCGGUACAAGCAUUGGCACGGCGCGAUGCAAGGCGUUCCGCGAGCUUGAGGGCCGGCGCACGGGUGUGCUCAACCUCAUUCGCAAUGGAAUUGAUGCGCUGAUUGUCAUUGGCGGCGACGGCUCGCUGACCGGCGCGGACCGCCUGCGAGCGGAGUGGCCCGAGCACGUGUCGGCGCUCGAGUCCGAGGGAAAAAUUUCGGGCGAAGAGGCCGAGCGCUUCCGCACGCUGAUGAUUGUUGGCAUGGUCGGGUCGAUUGACAACGACCUGUCCUCGACGGACAUGACGAUUGGCGCGGGCUCAGCGCUGGCGCGGAUCUGCGAGUCGGUAGACGCCAUUCUCAGCACGGCCAUGAGCCACCAGCGUGCCUUUGUGGCACCGCCGAAGGGUGAUGACUGGGAGAUGUCGAUGUGCGCGACGCUCAAAGCCAGCCGCGAUGCUGGAAAGCGCACGUCGCUGGUCAUCGUGGCUGAGGGCGCCAUUGACCGCAACCUCAAGCCCAUCAAGUCUGAGUACAUCCGCGACAUCCUGCGACCCGCCUGGCGCGGUGGAGCGCCCGUGCACUUUGAUCGGUUCCUGGGCACGAUGCAGGGCGCCGAAGCCGUCGAGGCGAUCUUGCGCGCGACUCCCGAGACGCCGUCUCCGGUGAUUGGCAUGCUGGAGAACAAAAUCACGACGCAGCCGCUCAAGGAGGCAAUCGAGCUGACCGGGCAGGUGGCGCAGGCGAUCGAGGCCAAGGAUUUUGACCGCGCAAUGCAUCUGCGCGCGGCGGCGUUCAGCAAGCAGCUGCGCACUGCCGUGCGCCUGUGCCUCAACCGCGGUCAUACGCCUAUUGGCGUGCACAACGGCUUCCCCGGGCUUAUGCGCGGCGAGAUUGAAGAGCUCGACUGGAUGUCAGUCGACGGCUGGACCAUUGCCGGUGGAUCUAGGCUGGGCACAACCGAGACCAGCCGGGCCCGCAAAUGGAUGCAAAAGCACUUGCUGUUGCCGGCGACCCUAUCCAAUAACGUGCCCGGCACUGACUUUUCGCUGGGAUCCGACACGGCAGCCAACGUCAUUGUGCAGGCGACAGACAUGAUCAAGCAGUCGGCCUCGUCCAAUCGCCGCCGCGUCUUUGUCAUCGAGGUGCAGGGUGGCAACUGCGGGUUCUUGGCCGUCAUGGCUGGGCUGUCGGGCGGCUCAACAACAGUGUACACGCCUGAGGAGGGUAUCGACCUGUCGCGGCUGCAGCGCGAUAUUGCGCACCUGAGGAGCCGCUAUGUGGCAGAGCUGGCACGGUCCGAGGGCCGCGUCACACUCUGCAACGAGCGCGCAUCAUCAGUGUACAACACGGAAAUGAUUGGGCGCAUCUACGAGGCAGAGAGCGGCGGUUUCUUCGGUGCACGCACGGCGGUGCUGGGCCAUCUGCAGCAGGGUGGCACGCCGUCGUCGCUGGACCGCUGCCGCGCCAACACGAUGGCUGCUGACGCGGUCAACUGGCUGCAGACCAGUUCACCCAGCUCUGUGGCUGUCAUCGGCGUCAUUGGCUCUGAGAUGCGCUUCACGCCUAUCACUGAGCUCGUCGCGCACACCGACUUUGAGCGCCGCGUGCCGCGCACCUUCUGGUGGAAGGCCUCGCGCCAGCUGAUCGACAUCCUCUCUGGCGUUGGCGUCGACAUUGUCAAUGGCGGCUGCACGACGCCCUACAAGUCGUGCGCAAUCGACCUGACUGCUGACGACCUGAUGCGCAUCUACGGCCAGCACCGCCGCCUGUCGAAGCUCACAGACUCCGAGGACCAGGACCAGCUGCUCAGAGAAAGCACGCCAGCCAGCAAGUUUUGA